UUUGCACACGCCAAUUCCUCACAUUUCUUUUCAAACUAAAAGUAAUACCUAAUCUUCCAUUAUUUUCAAAGAAAUGACCAGAUCAAUAAUAACUUAACCAUAUUAAGAAGCCAGAAAUUAAAAAUACUUGCAUAUAGAUCUAUAAAGAGAGGGAUUAAAAAAAAAAAACCAUCUUGUCCACCAUGUUCCUCUACUUCCUCUACUUCCUGCUCUGUAUAGUUCUUUAUCUCUUCACAAAUCACUUCCUCAACAAAAUCAGAAACCUCCCACCAAGCCCUUUCCCGGCCCUCCCAAUAAUCGGCCAUCUAUACCUAUUCAAGAAGCCCCUCUACCGAACUCUCUCCAAAAUUUCAAACCGAUACGGUCCGGUUCUCCUCCUCCAGUUCGGCGCCCGCCCCGUCCUCAUCGUUACUUCCCCUACGGCGGCAGAAGAAUGUUUGACCGCAAACGACGUCGUCUUCGCGAAUCGCCCUCGUCUGCUUGCCGGCAAACACCUGGGCUACAACUUCACCAGCCUCUCGUGGGCCCCGUACGGUGACCACUGGCGAAGCCUCCGCCGCAUAUCCAGCCUCGAGAUCCUCUCCUCCCACCGCCUUCAGAUGCUGUCCCACAUACGCGCCGACGAGGUCCGCUCCCUCGUUCGCCGGCUCCUGCGGUCGCGGCCGGAUCAGACGGUGGAGAUGAAAUCUCUGCUCUUCGAGCUGACGCUGAAUGUGAUGAUGAGGAUGAUCGCCGGCAAGCGGUACUACGGAGAAAGUCUGGCGGAGGUUGAGGAGGCCAGGAGGUUUAGGGAGAUCGUGAGGAAAACCUUUUCGUUGGGUGCGACGACGAGCGUGAGUGAUUUUGUUCCGUUGAUGAGGUGUUUCGGAGGAAAAGAGUAUGAAAAGAGUUUGAUUGAAUUGCAGAGAGAUAGAGAUGGAUUCAUGCAGAAUUUGAUAGAGGAGCACAGGAAAAGGGCAACGAGUAAUUGUGGAAGUUGUUCACUGCAAGAAGAUAAAAAUAAGACGAUGAUUGAAGUUUUGUUGUCACUUCAGGAAUCGGAGCCCGAGUUCUAUAAGGAUGAGAUUAUCAGAGGCCUCAUGGCGGUUUUGUUAGCCGCAGGAAUUGAUACCUCAAGUGGGACCAUGGAGUGGGCAAUGUCUCUUCUACUUAACCAUCCAGAAGUUUUGAAAAAGGCGCAUAUAGAGUUGGAAAAUUGCGUAGGAAAUGAACGCCUUGUGGAAGAAUCUGAUUUGAAGAACCUUCCUUAUCUUCAUUGCAUUCUGAAAGAGACCCUCCGGUUGUAUCCAGCUGGCACAUUACUGGUACCCCAUGAGUCGUCGGAUGAGUGCAAGGUGAGUGGGUUCAACAUACCACGUGGCACUAUGUUAUUUGUGAAUUUAUGGGCCAUGCAACGAGACCCUAAACUUUGGGACGAUCCCACAACUUUCAAGCCAGAGAGGUUUAAAGAUAUGGAGGAGGGGAUGAGAGAUGGGUAUAAGUUAAUGCCUUUUGGGUCUGGGAGAAGAGGCUGUCCAGGUGAAAACUUGGCAGUCAGAAUUGUUGAGCUGACUUUGGGCUUACUGAUUCAGUGUUUUGAGUGGGAAAGGGUUGGCAAGGAGUUGGUGGACAUGACUGAAGGCCCUGGACUCACCAUGCCUAAGGCCCAUCCGUUGCAGGCUAAGUGCAGGCCUCGUCCGACCAUGGCCAACAUUCUUUCUCAAAUAUGAAAAACUUGGAAGAAAAACUGAUGUUUCUUUCUCAUGUUGAACGUAGAAUGAUGAUAAAUGCUUCUGUACGUAUCUUUUUUAUGAGAUCAGAAUAUAAAUUUCUGAUUACAUGUAGAAAAAUAAAUAGAAAAGCAGUUGCAUGCAGAGUUUGUUUA